UAACAGUAUGCACACUUAUAGCCAGUGUUAUGCAAUGCUCAAUAUAGCUAACAAUUCAUUUGAAAUAAGCCAAAACACAUCUUUGGAGAUUUAAGACAAGUUAGCAGUGCCCAGUGAAAUUCUUCUGAAUCACGUGAUUUAAGAUAUGUGUCAUGCUGUAGUCUGUAUAUUUAGCCGAAGUGUUGAACAGUUGAAGAAGGAAACUGAGGGCGAGAAAUAGACCAUUCUGUAGGAGUCUUCAACAGUGUACACUCUGAAAAAAACCAAACAUGGCUAAUAGCAAAGUACUUGUUGCCAGAGGUUCAUCAUGGAGUCCAGAGUUCAUCCAGGAGCUUCUUCCCUCUGCUCAGCGAACCGCUCUCCUCUAUCAUCUGUCUUACCUGUGUCUGGGAGGCUUCCCAAAGCUGGAGCGUCUGGUCCGGGAACAAGCUCUCGAAACACAACUGCUGUUUGGAUCCUCUGAGGCUGUUCUGAUGAAGUGUGUCAGCACAAGUUCCAAACUGGUUUCCUCCCUGUUACCAAUGCUGAUGAAGGCAGUUGAAAACAAUGAUCCCGAUCUUGCUGUGAAAUACCUGGAGGAAGCAAGAGCACGGAUUGAUGACAUUAUUGAAGCUGUGGAUGACAUGGUGAAGAGGUAUGAUGAACACAACCAAAAUGUGGCGACAUGCACCAGUGAUGUGGUUCAAGAAAAGCUUGAGACAGAAAAAGAAGAACAGAAAUACUCUAAGGAGAUAAAGAGUCUGCUGGAGGCCGUGGCCAAGCUUAAGGAGGAGCUGAGAAAAAUGACCAAAGAUGAAAAUGAAAUAGAGAAAAAAAUUGAAGAUAAAAACCAUGAACUACAGAAUCACAUCAAAGAUGUUUCCAGAAGAAAACGGGGUUUUGGUAUCCUGGCUGCUUUGGUGCCAUGUUUUGGAGCCCUUAUUAAAUGUCUUUAUGAUGCUGCAACCGGCCCCGGUGAUACUGCUAAAACUCAGUCUCUCAACGCUGAACUGUCCCGUCUUUCCUCUGAAAAAAGCAGUUUGCAAAAUAAAAAGUGGUCAAUCCAAAUCAAAGUGACUGAUCUUCAGCUGCAGUUGGCCAAUUCACAAUUACAGCUUGGUGUGAUUCCCAGUCACGUUCAUCUGAAGGAAGUCCAGCGGUGUCUUUCUCGAAUCCAGAAUAUUCUGGUUAACCUUGGAAUAAAUUUCUGGAAGAAAGUGGAAACUCUGCUGGACAAUUUGAAAGAGAAGACCUUUGUUGGGGAAGAUCUAAUCGAGGACCUCAAUGACCUGAAGGAGGAGUUUUUGACCUCCAUUGAAGCAGCAGAACAGUGCUGGCAGAGAUUUGGUGAAUGCUGUCAAAAAGCAAAAGACAUCUUCAGAGUUCAGUCUAGAGAUGCAUAUCAAUUCUUAGAGAUCGAUCCAGCCAAACUUUCGAAGGAUGAAUGGGAUGAGCAACAUAAGUCUGUCAUGGAGAAACUGAUUCAAAUCAAUCCCUUGGAGAUGUCUAUAAUCAUCACUGAAUGACGCACAGAGACCUGAUGCUUUACAUUUACAAUGUUAAUUUUUACUCCUUACAAUGACAUUUAAUACUUACAGAUUAUCUUCAUGUAGCAGAUUUAACCCACCUACAGGCUCUUCGGGGGAUCAUGUUUGGGGUUUAUUAAAGACAGGACAGGAAUUAAUCAACACACUCUCAGUUCUGUAAUCAUAUAUUUUUUCUUCAACUUAUUAAAUUACAUGACUUUACUGCUACUA